CCAAUCAGAUACAGUCAUGGGCGGUACCGGAACUGACAGUCAGAAGCUCCGGUUCCGGUGUCGGUGAUGGCGCUGCCAGGUUGCCGGAGUUUGUUGGCUCCCUUUCUCAUCGGGUUAAUUAUCUGUUGUAUUCUGCAUGGAGCCCGGGGAGCGGAACCUUCUAAAUGGAGAUUGCCGAUGCCUGUGGAAAGCUCAUUUUUCUUCGGAAAGAUCCUGUUUCAGAAUUCUACAAUCUUUAUCAAAUUUGAUGGUGACCAUGAUAAGUGCAAUUCCAGUGUGAGUUACAACAUUACCUGGGUGCUGCGAUACUGUGAUUGCUACAAUGAGAUCUCCAGUUUAGAGGAACGGGACAUAAAAAGUUAUCUCGCUUCGACUGUAGUGAUUCGCAGUGGGUGGACUGGAUAUCAAGCUAAUAUGACAAUUUCUGGCAAGAACUGCAAGGAGCUCCUCAAUCCUCAGGUAUAUUACAAGGAAUUUCCUUUGCCAGUGAUGCUUAAUGAAGGCAAGCAAGAGAGGAGGGAAAAUGGAACAAAUAAAACAAUGGCAGUGGAGAACACAGUAAUGAAUGCAGCCAUGAAGACAUGGCAGGAUGGACCAUAUAUCUUUAUAGUGAAUGUGACAAAAAAUAUUCCUCAAGAUUCCAGCUCUAAGGCCACAGAUUUACCCAGCAACAAAGACUUUCCCUUCUUUAUGAUUGUGGAAGUAAAGGGUCCAUAUGAAUACCUAACUCUUGCUGACUAUCCACGUAUGGUUUUCUUCAUGGUGAUGUGCAUUGUGUAUGUGCUUUUUGGGGUUUUAUGGCUUGCCUGGUCAGCUUGCUACUGGAGGGACCUGCUGCGCAUCCAGUUCUGGGUUGGAGCAGUGAUAUUUCUGGGCAUGCUAGAAAAAGCUGUGUUCUAUGCAGAAUUCCAAAACAUCCGCUAUCAUGGAGAGCCAGUGGAAGGAGCUGUGAUCUUGGCCGAACUGUUAUCUGCAGUGAAAAGAUCUUUAGCCCGAAUAAUCGUCAUUAUUGUCAGUUUGGGAUACGGUAUUGUUAAGCCUCGGCUUGGCGCUACCUUACAUAAAGUUGUUAUGGCUGGAGCCCUCUACCUGCUAUUCUCUGGUAUGGAAGGUGUUCUCAGAGUCACAGGUCAUUACUUCAAAUCCGUUGUGUUGAUAGCAAAUCUGAGCCUGUCAUUGAUCGAUGCCUGCAUUCUCUUUUGGAUCUUCAUAAGCUUGACCCAAACCAUGAAGCUGCUGAGGCUACGACGGAACGUGGUCAAACUGUCUCUGUACAGACACUUCACCAACACCCUCAUCCUGGCUGUAGUAGCAUCAAUUGUAUUUAUAAUCUGGACAACUAUGAAGUUCCGAUUGGUGGAUUGUCAGUCGGACUGGCAGGAGCUGUGGGUGGAUGAUGCUAUCUGGCGGUUGCUUUUUUCAAUGAUUUUAUUUGUAAUCAUGAUCCUGUGGAGGCCAUCUGCAAAUAAUCAGAGAUUCGCCUUCUCUCCACUCACUGAAGAAGAUGAGGAUGAUGAGCAGAAGGAGCCAAUGUUGAAAGAAAGCUUUGAGGGAAUGAAAAUGAGAAGCUCAAAGCAAGAAACAAAUGGAAAUGCUAAAGUGGCCAAAGCUCAGGAGGAUGAUCUGAAGUGGGUAGAGGAGAACAUCCCAUCUUCUGUGACAGACGUAGCUCUCCCUGCGUUGCUGGAUUCAGAUGAGGAGAGAAUGAUAACGCACUUUGAAAGGUCCAAGAUGGAAUGAAGAAAUAGUUAAAAGGUCAAAGAUUAUGGUGGACUCUGCCUGUGAGGAGGAGCAAUGCAGCAUACCAAGCAUUUCAGAUCUGGGGGCCCCUUUUAUUUCUGAAGGAGGACCGGAAUUAAUUCCAAAAGUUACCCUCAUAAAUUAUUUCAUCUUAAAGUCAAAGAACAUGACCCAGUUCCUCCAUAUCUAGAAACAUUGUCAGCCAUUGUCAGUCGUGUUACAAAUAGGAUUUCUUGUACCAAACUCUUCUUAAUCUCUUUAAGAAGCUGGAAUGCAUUGCUCUUCUGGUGACUGGAAGGAUUGUGACUUUUCCUGCACCUUAGGAAUUAUACAUAUAAUUUAAUAUUACUCCGCUAAAGACCCAGAAUGGUUUCUUGUUUUUGCAUUUACAUGGUUUGCUAAUACUGGUGAAAGUUAUAGGGGAAGCAGUUAUUUAAUUAUUUUUUUUAAUUAUGUGCUUUUAUUUUCCUGGGCCUUUUUAUUUACAAAAUGCAAGUCUAAAUUUUUGGUUGCACUGCUCGUUUCUGACAAACAUUGGACUUUUCAGGACUGUGCAUUAAAACUGUGAAAUACGUCUGAAAGGACUUUAUUACUACCCCUUGGGGGUAGUUGUGAGACAGGUCAAAGCUAAGAACUUGGGAAUUGUUUUAAAGCAAUAUAGAAAAUUAUUUAACCGAGAGAAAACAGGUAAAAAGAGUGUAGGCUCUUGGCUUUAAUCAGUAUUUUCAGGGUGUUCUUACUAUAUAAUAACAGCAGUCACCAUGGAUUGUAAAUUCAACUGUACAUGAUUAAAGUUGUUAAAAUUAAGAGAGCAGGCCCGGACUGGCAAUCUAUGAAUUCUGGCAAAUGCCAGAGAGGCUGCUCUAAGAUGCAAUAGUCACUCACUAUUUAUUACUGGUGGGGGGGCUGUUUGGGCUUCUGUGUACCUGAAAUGCCUGGGCCAAUUCUGAAUCACAGUACGGGCCAUAAUUCCACUAGGCCCAUACCCAGGACUCUGUUUUGUUCUCCAGUUAAAAACUCUUCCUUUUUACUUGGUGAUGUAUUUACAGAGGAUUAAAGAAUGGACUGUAGCACAAAUACAUUUUACACAGAACCUGCACACUUAUUUUGUUUUUAACGUUAUUUGCAGUUUGAGUGAUGUUUGUGCUUUCCGAGCAAGAUGUUUUUGUUCUUUUUAUAAAUAUAAAAUAACUUAAGAAAUCAA